UGUGUGUGCUGUGUGGCUGCAGGUGGGGAGACAGAAGAGGAGAAGAUCCGUGUGGACAUUUUGGAGAACCAGCUGAUGGACACCCGCAUGCAGCUGGCUAGGAUUUGCUACAACCCUGACUUUGAGAAACUGAAGCCAGAGUACCUGGAGCAACUCCCUGGAAUGAUGAAGCUUUUCUCAGAGUUCCUGGGAAAGCGGCCAUGGUUUGCAGGGGAUAAGAUCACCUUUGUGGAUUUCAUCGCUUAUGAUGUCCUUGAGAGGAACCAACUCUUUGAGCCCAAGUGCCUGGAGAUGUUCCCAAACUUGAAGGACUUCCUGUGCCGCUUUGAGGGACUGAAGAAGAUCUCUGCUUACAUGAAGUCCAGCCGCUUCCUCCCAACACCCGUAUUCACAAAGAUGGCCAUAUGGGGCAACAAGUAGGACCUUGAAAGGGCAGAAGAUGGGGCUGAGGAGGCCUUUUCCUCCUGCCCUGGGAAGCAUCUAGAUCCCCUGUAGCCCUGACUCCACUUCCUCGUUCCUUCUUUCCAUGCCCUUGCGAGUCAACAUUUCAGUCCUCUUUUCUCUCACCCAAUCCCUGUCCCAUUCAGACCAUUUAAAUCGUCAGCUCCUUGUUUUCCCUCAGCAAAGUCCCUGUCCAAAUAUUACUGUGUCCUACACUAAGAUCAGCCCAACCAUCCUUCCUGGAAGUGGCUGCUUUGAGGAUCCCUGCUGGUACCUCCUCUUGUAGCUCAACCAAGUGCUCCCAGCCCUGCCAGAAAGAUCAUUUUUUCCUGAUGUGUUACCCCAUUCCCUAGUUAGGUCCCUGCCAGGCCCAAGCUGAUCCCCAAUAAAACCUGUGUUUUGUCUUCU